CCGAGGCAAGUGCAGUGUGUCAACCGGUACAGUUCAGAAAUACUACCGUGCACAAAGAGCAGGAGAAAAGUCGCUUUGGAGACCCUGAAGGAAGAGUUCCCAGAAAUCUAAUUACACUUCCUAACACCACUAUGGAAAUGGGUUCAUAUAUUAUCAGUACACCUACCCGCUAAUCCAUCUCCAAUGUCUGAAGACUCAAACUCCAAACCAUACCUGUUUUCAUCUCUGGACGGCCAGGACCAGGUCAUCGGCCACAGUUCCAUGGCAACGCUCCAUCGAAUAGCUGACUUUGCAGAAGCAUGCGAGCUUGGCCUGGCCUCAGAGGGCAGCGAGAGCAGCAGUCAGGACCCUUCCGCAUCACCCCACAGCGACGGCAAAAUAUCUCACUCACUGCACGAGGACGUGGAGAUGAAGAGCAGCGGGUCCAGCGGGAGCGGGACUGAAUCGCAGAGCAACCAGUCUCACGGCAAUGAAUCUAAUGGGAAUGAGUCGAGUGGAAGUUCAAACGGCAAUAGCAAGGAUUCGGCUCUUUUGGAAUCAUCGGGAAGCAACAAGAGCUCCAGCUCCAACUCCCACAGUCCAUCUCUACCCAGCAGCUCCAAUGCCUACAGUCUGCUCAGUGCAAGUUCUGAACAGGACGACCCUUCCACUAGUGGUUGCAGUAGUGAAGAGUCUGCCAAGGCAAAGACGCAGAAAGAGCUGAUAAAAACCCUCAGAGAGCUGAAGCUCCAUUUACCGGCUGAUAAAAGGAACAAGGGCAGCAAGUCCACCACUCUGAACACAUUGAAGUACGCCCUGCGCUGCGUCAAACAGGUCAAAGCAAAUGAGGAGUACUAUCAGAUGCUUAUGAUCAAUGACAGCCAGCCGCCUGGACCGGAUGUGUCCUCGUAUACGAUGGAAGAGAUAGACAGCAUCACGUCUGAAUACACUAUGAAAAACCCAGACAUGUUUGCAGUGGCGGUGUCCCUGGUCACAGGAAAAAUUGUCUACAUCUCAGACCAGGCGGCAUCCAUUCUCAACUGCAAGCGGGAGGUGUUCAAGAACUCCAAGUUUGUAGAGUUCCUCACUCCACAGGACGUCAGUGUUUUCUACAGCUUCACAACACCGUACAGGCUGCCUUCCUGGAGCAUAUGUACUGGAGCUGAGGCCUCACCUUCUGAGUGCAUUCAGGAAAAGUCCUUCUUCUGUCGCAUCAGUGGUGGAAGGGAACGUAGAGGGAACCUGCAGUACUACCCGUUCCGUAUGACUCCCUACUUGAUGAAGGUGCAGGACACUGAACACGCAGAAGACCAGUUGUGCUGCCUUCUUCUGGCUGAAAGAGUGCACUCUGGAUAUGAAGCUCCGAGGAUCCCUACCGACAAGUGCGUCUUUACCACCACGCACACACCGAACUGUGUGUUUCAGGAGGUCGACGAAAGGGCUGCCACAUUACUGGGGUAUCUACCGCAGGAUCUGAUUGGUACACCAGUUCUCCUGCACCUGCACCCGAACGAUCGACCAAUAAUGCUUGGGAUUCACAGAAAGAUCUUGCAGUACGCUGGUCAGCCGUUUGACCAUUCAUCGAUUCGUUUCUGUGCACGGAAUGGAGAGUACAUCACUAUGGACACCAGCUGGUCCAGCUUCGUCAAUCCCUGGAGCCAGAAGGUGUCCUUUGUCAUUGCACGUCACAAAGUCUGCAUGGGUCCAGUUAAUGAGGAUGUGUUCGCAGCUCCGGCCACGGCUGAGGGUAAAGCAAUGGACUCCGACGUCCUGGAAAUCACAGAGCAAAUUCAUCGGCUUUUGCUACAGCCUGUACAUAGUAAUAGCUCGAGUGGCUAUGGAAGCCUGAGCAGUAAUGACCAUCUAGUGAGCGUGCCUUCAUCCAGCGAGAGCAUCGGAAAUGGAGCUCGUUCACGCACUGAGGAGGAGGAGGGUCAAUCCAAAGCUAAAACAUUUCAGGAGAUCUGUAAAGGUGUUCACAUGCAGAAGAACCAGGGGCAGCAGUGUAGAAAGAGUCCAGGCACACAACUGACCCAGAAGUGUCCAGCGAUUCGACCAAAAGAUUCAGCCUACCCGGUGAACUCCCGAGAGACUGUGGAAGACCAGCAGGUCCUUGUACAGGAAGAACUUGCCUUUAAAGACCAAACUGUGUACUCCUACCAGCAGAUCAGCUGCCUGGACAGUGUCGUCAGGUAUCUGGAAAGCUGCAAUGUGCCUAUUACUGUGAAGAGAAAGUGCCAGUCAUCCUCCAACAGCACGUCUUCUAACUCGGAUGAGGACAAGCAGAAGGCCGCUGAGGGCUCUAUGCAGGUGGUUGAAGGAUCUGGUCACCUAAAAUCCCAGGCUGGCCUCUCGCCUUUAGACGUGUCGGAGAAGCCAAGCGGCUCGGGGGUGGCGAGCACCUCGCUGACCCCCCUGGCAUUACCCAGCAAAGCUGUGAGGGUGGUGUCUAUCACUAGCCAGUGCAGCUACAGCAGCACCAUUGUCCACAGUGGUGACAAGAAACCACAACCUGAUUCAGGGAUCAUCGAAGACGGCCCCGGCGCAGGAGACACGGCAGAAGGUCCUGCUCCAUCCGCUCCUCCUACCUCCCUGUCACCACCCAGUCAGGAGAGAGAAGCCUAUAAGAAACUGGGCCUAACCAAACAGGUGCUGGCAGCACAUACACAGAAAGAGGAGCAGGCCUUCCUCCACCGCUUCAGGGAGCUGAGGGGGGUUCACGCCUUUAAAGCGGAUUCCCAUUACCUCGAGCGGAAGAAAGGACAAGCCGUGGCGCAUGCUGGACCUUCUCGUGAUGGGAAGCAGAGGGGUACAGAAGAGCCUUGCAGAGGGGGUCAUAAUAAAAAGUCCAAGUCCAAGCGCGUCAAACGGAACGAGCCGUCGGACAGCGCCUUGUCGCACCGGAAGCAGCUGUUCAGACAGGAGCUACAAGGCUUGAAUCAGACUUCUUGGUCUCUCUCGGACGCCUCGCUGUCUGGCUUCCCUGGCAGUAGUGCCAUGCCACCCAAUGUUGACACUGUCCCACUCCCAGGAUUCAGGGACAGCCAGUACUCGCAGGAUCUGCGUUUCUCCACACAGCCCAUGCAGCCGCAGUUCCCAGCUCCAUUGGUCACGCCGGUGGUAGCGCUGGUGCUGCCAAACUACAUGCCUCAACAGUUAGGAAGUGCCCCUCGUCAGCCUUUCUACCCAGAGCAGAAUUUGUUCCAGUCCCCUCAAGCCUCUAUAUCACCUCAAACAGCAUUCCCAGUACAGACUCCGUUCACCACACAGAACCCUUUCCCAGCACCACCGUUUCCCUUCACAGUCCCAGACAAACAACCGAAACCUGCGGAUCCUGAAAUAAAAGAGGCGCCAUCGAGGAGUUGCACUCCUCAGUCAGUGGGUAGGCAAGACCCAUCUUCUCCACCUCUGUUUCAGUCACGGUGUAGUUCACCCCUGCAGCUGAACCUGUUGCAGCUGGAGGAGAGCCAGCGGUCCAGUGAGAGGCAAGACAUUGUGGCGCCCUCUAGCGGUACUUAUGGUAGUACUGCAGCAGAGAAAGGAGCAAAUACUGGCAUAGAGGCUGCAGUGAACAAACAUCAGUCUGGCAGCCUCUUUCUGGAGCACAAAUCCCAUACACAUGUAAAGCCAAUUGAUAUUCAUACAGAAGUGUUCAGAGUACUACACUACUCCUUCCUCAUUCUUUAACCACUCAUGCCAGCUCCUCUACCAGACAGUGGAAGUAGCUGUAACAGCAUGCAGCAGCUGCAAAAAGUGGGAUUAUAUCCGGCCUUCCCUCUCGUUCCAGUUCUUUCAAUUGUGUCCAUUUUAAGUAUGUGGUUAUAAAUAAAUGUAAUCAUCAUGUUAACUUUUUAAUAAUAAAAUGUUUUAAUAGA